AUGGAGAUUACUAAAUUAUUAGUUAUAAUGUUGUUGAUUUGCAUGUCAUCGAUGAUUGCAAUGGUCAAGAGUGGUGAUAUCAACUUUAACGAGUUCAAUGUUAAAGAACUCAACUCAAAGAAUAUAGAUUCAACCAUUAAAUCAUCUAAACAAUUAUUAAUCUACUUUUAUUCAAAAUCAAAAGAUGCUGAUAAAUUAUUAAAGAUCUUUACAUCAACUUCACAAUCAUUGCAUGAUGAUGGUUCAGAUGUUGUUUUUGGAUUCAUCGAUUUGGAAAAGAAUCAUAAUAUUAAACAAAAGAAUGGAUUAGAAGUAUCUGAAUUUGGAAACACUCCAACUCUUUCAAACUUUAAAGCAUUUGCACAAAAUCCAAUGAUUUUACCAACAACACCAAAGAUGGGACCUUGGGGAGUUCAAUCAUUGGUUCAUUAUGUUACUGAUCGUACUGCUGCAUCCCUUAUCCGAACAAGACCCAAGGUGUUGAUGAUGUUUUAUUCUCCUCAGUGUGGCCACUGCGAGAGAAUGAAGCCAGCCUAUGCCGAGGCUUCCAUCGAGGUUCAAAAGAGAGGGUUGGGGGUUUUCGCAGCCAUCGACUGUACUCUUUCUAGUGCCUUUUGCAACAAGUUCAACAUUAAAGGGUUCCCGACUGUACUAUUAUUUGAAAAGGGUGCCGAAUCAAUGGUGUAUCAAGGAGAUAGAUCAACUAAUGAUCUGAUCAAUUGGUUUGAAAAGCAAGCAGAUACUGUCAAAAAGCAACAAAGCUUAUCGAUGGGGGACAAAGGUUGGUUGGCGCCCUCUCAGCAAGCAGUUUGA